GUGGGAACAAUACGUUCCCCAAAGGUGUGGGCACAACAAUAUAUAAUCGCUUUGGCGCGAAAGGCGCGAAAGUGUGAAUAACUUAGGAUUUGAUUGAAGGAAACAUAACGCGGGACGCGAAAAACAGGCGAAAAAGGUUGUUUGGAGAGAGGAAAGAGGAAAAAGAGAAUCUCGAAAGAUGUGGCUAUAUACGAAGCGCGGCCAUACGAUAAUUGUUCAUCGUUUCUUUAUAUCUUGAAGGUGGAGAAGAAAUUCCUUUGAUAGGAGCCACCUUGACGGUGGAUGAUUAACAAAGGAAACGAUGAAAAGGGAAAAGUGAAAAGAAAGCAAGACCGGACCUGGAGAUUCCAGUCCAGUGAUUUAGAGAAUUCUGCUUGGAUUCGAUGUUCCUUCGACGACGAUGACGACGCGUCAAGAAGAAAGCGUCAAGAAAGCUUGAACGUGAUCAACGACGAGAUAUCGACACACCGAUUGCCGAUCGCACCUGCGAAUAUAGUCAGCGUGUGCGGCAGUACACGUGUAGAGAUGUAGAGAUGUAGAGAUGAGAAUAAUGCAUUCGCUCCUUCUCGCAUGUGAUCCGCGAUCACGUGCGACAAAGAAAGACGGUUGUUUCGCUGAUGAUAAUCAUAAUGAUGAUGAUCAUGGAUCAUAGAUCACAAAACACCGCGAUAAACUGCUGCGGUACGGUGAACGACUUGGCAGAGUUUAUCGCACGGCAGGGUCAUGUCUGUACAUCUCUCUUAUCCUCUCUCGUCUUAUCCUCCCCAUCCUCCGGAAAAAUAUCUACGUGCUGUGUCGUCGAUCUACGCGCUCGUGUCAAAAAAUGCACGGCUCUUGCACGGCGGAUCGCCUCUUGUCGUAACGGGCAAGUUGGUGAGUCUAACGGUCACCACCCAUUAUCCGCAAUUUCACGGUAACGACAGCCGAUCGAUUAUCCUGCCGACCGCGAUUACUGUGUGCGCGCGCGCGCGCGCGCCAAUAAUACAAUAUCUCGAGGGAAACCGUCGAGGGAGUCCGUGCACAGCUGACGCGGAUGAUGACGCUUUUAUGACCUCUUCCAGCGUCUUCGGUGUCUUUAGUCGACUAAUAUCCAAGCCUAAAGCUUCUCUUUGGCAAGCUUGAGAAAGCUUGCAUGAUCAAUUUCAAGAAGGCUCGUAAAACGAUUUCGUCUCUCUCGAUCUACGCAAUAAUAAUUCUGGCUACGAACACACACAGUCACGGGUCACGGGGACGUUCCGAUCAUCAUUCUGCUUGAACUUUGAUCGGGCGAGAACGAGCGAAGGAAGUAAAUAACACAGUCGCGUGAAAGGCAGAGACGCGUGAAAACGGAACGUGUCCUAAAGAACGAAAGAAAAACUGAUUUUUUACUUACUCUCAUCGCGAAAUAAUAUACAAAGUCGGAAACAAAAUGUCGAUAACAAACAUGAUGAUCGCUGCAGAAUAACUUAAAGAGUCUUGAGGAAGAUUGCGAGGAAUCAAUACGAUCGCAAUACGUCCUAUCAGCCCUAUCAGUUGAAAUUUCUCAAGAGAGAGAUUGUCCGCCAGAGAUGUAGCCGCGCUUCUUUUUUAUUUCCGUUCGCAAUAGAUUCGCGAUAGAGCUUGCGAAGAGAGCUCGCGAAGAAACAAUUUCGCUGCUGAAGAAGACAAGAUUAAAGAUUAAUCGGCCGGACAACGUUGAGCGAGAGACGUAUUGGGAGAAAAUGUGUGGCGUCGCGUCGCGAGAGGAAUGUAGUACAUACAGAGCUCUCUUUUUCGUCCAACCUGGUCACGAAGGAGAACCACAUCCAUCUCAUCGACCUCUCUGGCCACCACGCCGCGCGACAGCAUGUGGGUGUUGUUCCUCGUAAAACUAAAAUCACCGAGUGCGAGCCAUUUGCCUUUUGCGUGCGAGCAAGUGCGCACUCGACGACGCGCUCGACAUUGACAGAAAAUUGAAACGUUGAGAGAGAGAGAGAGAGAGAGAGAGAGAGAGAGUGAGUCAAAACGCUCAAUUCGGGACGUUCGAGUGAAGAAAGGUGAUAUUUGCGUUUCGUGAAACUCGAAGAUUUAUCCGCGCGCGCGCGUGAUUUCAGAUUGGUGCGUACUUUUCAACAUCGAGGUCGACGACUGAUUAAAUUUGGUACUCUUCAAGAGUUUGUUGAAGGUAAGCAACGAGAUUUUCCCUCUCUCGAGGAAAGAGACAUUCUUCGGUAGUCGACGACGAAAAAAGUGGCCACGAUUAUUGUAAAAUUAUUCAUCUGAUCUACCACGUUCCAUCACGCUCCCGUCGCGCUCCCGUCGUCUGAAUCGUCUGAAACGUGAAGCGGGACGCCGCGACUCAUCGAGACGCGAUUCAUUAAUUUCCGUUUUUUAAUUUACGUUUAAAUGUUUAACUAUGUGAACUAUGUUGAACUCUGACGAGAAACUACCUCCAAACUUGAUUCGCCAGAAGAAUCCCGAACGCACACUUACUUUCACAUCCUUUGCCGCGAAUCAUCUUUUCUUGCAACGCAUCUCGAUUAACCAUCUCGCGUCGCGUCGCGUCGCGUCGCGUCGACGGACGAUACGACACGAGUACGACACGAUACCACGGUACGGUACGGUACGGUACUCCGAUCUCGUCCACUUGGUCACGAUCGGUGCGUGACAUCCGGUGGGCCCGUUGAACGAACAAAUUCACAUCAGGAUGGUAGCCGAGCUCGCUGGCAUUUCCACGUUGACGAUCGACGGAGGAGCAUCCCCGACGGCACUUGCCGGCACUUUGUCGAAACAGCGCGGGCGACCCAAGUGGAUCGAAACAGCGACGCGCGAGCCGAUCUACAGUGUCCUGGGCUGCAACGAAGCCGUCCUCCUCCCGCGGAGCCCUCCGACAGCCCUCCUCGGCAAGGUCGUGAUAAUCAGAGCGGUGAAGAAGGGGGACGAGGAGUCGCGACGGGAGAGACCAAAAUCGGAAACUCUCGGAGAGGACGAGAGGCAGCGGGUGCUGCCGUAUGUCCGGUUACCCGGACGAAACGGCGAGUCGUCACCGCACGAAGUUGAGGACGCGACCGCUCUCUACAGCGUGGUGAGAAAGCCCAAGAAGGUGCGAUUGCCGGAAAUCGCUUCGUCCACCGACCAAGAGACAGCGAUUCGACCUGUCCAUCACCCGACCCGAAUCGGGAACGCGGAUCCCAGCGAGAAAGCAAAGCCCGCCGAAGACGCCGAAGAUCCUGAAGACGCGUCAAAGUCAAAGCGAGUCGAGGUGAAAAAGUGGCUCCGCGACAUGCGACCGGCGAUCAUGCACGAUACCGAUCGCACGGUACCGGACUAUCCGGAGAAUCCAACGUGGCACGUGGAUCGGGGGGAGGUUGCUUCGGUAACGUUGCCCAAAGGGGUGGUGGGUCUGGUUGGGCCCUACAGGGUGUACAGGAACCCCAACGAGAGGCGGGAGUACAUGCUUCAGGAGGAAGAAUUGGUUGAGGAGACGGUAGAUGUAGACGAGAAUGUAGACGAUCGAUAUCGUAGUUCGAGAGCCAAAUGGAGAAUCAGAGAAUCAGACGACGAGGAGACCUUGGUGGUACCCGAGAUUCGAGACCCGCCAGGUCUCGAGGACUUCGUGGAGACGAAAAUGGAGAAUGAAGACAGGGAGAGUGACAAUUGGAAGAACGAGCGAGAAUCGCCGAUGAGAAUGGGAAAGUCGGGACGUAUCGGUGGGACGUCGUCUAAAGGAGAGGAACGACCGAUAGAUGUGCCGGAUACGGCAUCCGCGGUCUCAACCACCACACCACCAAUAAAGGAUAAGGCGGGCAAUGAACAGCACGACAAGGACAGCCUGAACGAGACCGGAAGUACAACGGGUGGCACCGUGGAGGGCGUACCGGGUGGUGCCCCUAACAGGGGCCAGGACAGGGGCCAGGACAGGAGCAACAAGGAUAAAGAGCAACCGGCCGCGCAGGCAUCCACCAGCAAUUCGGCGCAACCAGCGAGGUCCUUGGUCUCGAGGAUCUUGGCGAGAACGCGAUCUCCCGACGAUUUGCUGGAUCAUUCGGAACCUUACUCGCAAUUAUGGGUGGUUCUCUCGAACGUGUACGGCGAGCUUAUCGUCGUGCUAACGAUGGCAUUAUGUUUGGCCGAGGUCAUGGACACACCGGUGCCCUUGCUCAGCUUGCAAGGCGUCUUCCUCAUGUACCUCUACGUGGGCAGCAUCGCCGUCAUCAUCGGCAUCUACAUAUGGGUACUGGUUGAUAGUUGCGGCAGUUUAAGCCGAAGUGGUAACGGGCUCGGUGAUGCGGAACUCGGCGGCGCGUCGCUUACCAGGUUUGGCUCGUUAAAACGAGCGCACAUCUCAAGGGCCAGGACCGCACCGACCAGUUUUUACAUACGCGUCGGCGCUCUUCUGUUUGGCCUGGCGACUCUGGUCUUCAACGGUCUGGAGAUGGCGAUGCACUCGAUGAUGCAGGGUGCCGAAUGCUUGACCGACGUCGUCUUUGUGCACCCGGUGCUGCACGGGCUGUUCACCUUCUUGCAGAUGCACUUUCUCUUCGUAAACUCGCAGGUACUUGUAGAACGCUUUGGUCUAGCAGCCAGAUUCGGCUUCACACAUCUCGCAGCCACGAAUAUCGCGGUCUGGACGCGUCUGGUGAUAUGGGACUCUGCGCAAGAAUGGACUUACUUUGUGCAUUUGGCGCAGCACGAGCAGGGGACGUCCGUGUCGCCGCUGAAUCUGCGAGGAUUUCCGGGAUCCUUGACCAGACAGUCGCGAGAUCUUAUAGAAGCUUCCACGACGAGGGCGAGCAGCACCUUCAAACCUUAUCAAGCCGUCUCGAGCGAACAGAUCUCUCAAGUGAUCGCGUUGCAAGAGUGCUUGAACACCAACACCUUGGGACAAUUGUGGACUUCGAGCAUGCCCUUUCUUUAUCCCUUUAUCGUCCAAUUCAGUCUGAUCGCCGCGGCGGUGACCUUCGUGAUGGGCCAGAAUGUCGGUCGGAAUCGACUGGUCAAGCAAAAGUUCCACGGCAGCAAGGAUCUGAGCGGUCACGGCCGAAUAGGCUGCGACGGCUCCAGCAAGGGUCUGUUUCUGGGUAUCCUGUGUAUGGUCGCCGGCAUCGUGGUGAUCCUCAUCUUCCUGGUCGUGCGGGAGGAUGAGAAUUUCCCGUCGGCCACCCUGUCCUGGCUCACCUGCGGCACUCUGAUCGGCAUACUGACGCUGAGCAGUCUGAUGACCGCCAGCGGCCUCGUGCAGGUGCGCCAGAUCUCGGUGGUGACGAGAGCGCCGGUCGCUCUGGACAAUCUCCUGUCGAACGUCUCACUCUUCGGUGUGCAACUGUACUCCGUAUUCACCGUCGUGGUGUGCGGCUGUUCCCUCGCGAUAUCGGACGACGGCGAGAGCGAGGAUGCUCGGGCGAGGCACAUCAUGCUGCUGUCCACGUCGAUUCUGCAGCUGGUGCAAUGCUUCGCGCAGAGCACGCUGAUCGCCGAGACAUCGCGACGUUCGUGCAUCACGCGCUUCCAAAUGCUGGCGAAGCCGGGCCGUCAGGUCAUAACCUUCCUGCUAUUUAGCAACGCCGUUCUCUGGGCCUUCGACACGGUCAUUACGCAGAACUGGCUGUCGCAGGAGCUGCAACUCCGGUUCUUCGGUGUGCUCGCCUGGGGCGUACUGUCCAGAAUCGGCUUGCCUCUGCUUAUAUUCUACAGGUUCCACAGUUGCGUGCUGCUGCUGGAGGCGUGGAAUAAAUGCUAUAGAAUGCCGAGGGGAGAGCACCCUCUCAACUGACAACGCGGAAUCUCCCGUCGACCUUUGCACAGACCACAUCCUGGCUCGCAAGAUUCUCCCCUUUCCGGGAGAUUGGUGCUUGAAUCGCCGCUGAACAAGAAAUACACCGCUGCUCGCAAGCGGCUGCUGUAUCCGCAUUCACUGUCACUGGACGCGGUGCAUCUUCUUCCUUAUGUGGACAGCGCCAGCUGGCUGUACCUAGACCCAGAUCCCGUUUUUCCUGCACCUCUGCCGAGUUUCAAGUGCGAGACGUCUCUAUGUGGGCAGCAGCGACAUUGUGAUGACUGUCACUAUCAUCAUCAUCAUCAUCAUCAUCAUCAUCAUCAUCAUCAUCAGCGGCAGCAGCAACAGCAGCAUCGUCAUCAUCAUCGUCAACAACAGCAGCAGCAGCAGCAAUUCCACCAUCACAGUCAUUGUCACCAGACGAGACAUCGUCGAGUACUGAGUGACCCCGGUGCUGGUAGAUGUAACGUCGGUACUCUCGACGACGCGACGAGCAAACAUCGAAGAAUACUCAGCAGUGCCGGCGCUGAUCUAAUGCGCGCAUCAAUAGACGAAGCCAAUGAAGAGGAUCCGUCGCCCGAGGAAACAGGAGCGUCGACCUUCAGAAAAGUGCCAUGGCACCCCAACUUGCACAUGCUCAAGAUCAGAAGAACGUAGUAGAUGUAGUAGCUGACGCUAUCACUAUAUGCAACUACGAUGAAAACCAUGAUUGGAAGCAAAGUGAGAAAAGCCAAGUCUCGAAUAACGCUUUAAGGCUUUAAGGUACAUGUGAACGACAUUUUGAUCUUUCGGAUGAAAUCUUGAAAUUAUGCGCAAUUUCGGGAUUCGGGAACUAUAUCGUUGCAAAACGUAGCAGCGAAUGAGCAAGACGUGUUCGUAUUAGAAAUUAUACGACGAUUUCAUACCAUUAUACUGUAUAAUAAAGUUAACUAUCCAGAAAUUGCGUUUGCAGUUGCAAAAACUACAAGUUAUUUCACACAGACGUGAUGUGCUAUGUUGUUCAUUUGCCUCUGCGAAUACGACGGAUUAUCUUCGUCUUCGUAAUAAUAAUUACAGCUCGGCUUCGACCGCCGCGAAACAAUUUCAACUCAAUAAUUUCGUACCCGAGGCAAAGUGCUCUUUUCACCAUGUCUAGAGAUACGCAGGAGACACUGUGUCCAAUUUUACGUGCAAUAUUUCUAGUUCUAAGUUUUAUGUUAUAUCGCGUACAAAAUGAUCCGUAAACGCAUCCGUCGCCGUACGCCGACGACGACGUUGCGAUGGUUCCGUCGUCGCUAGCGCGAGAGCCAUCGGGAUUGCAUCGUGUUUCGCGCGAGUAACGAUGCAAUGCUCUAUAUCUAUAACGAUUAAUGCAGAGAGCGAGCGAGAGCGAAAGAGAGAGAGAGAGAGAGAGAGAGAGAGAGAGAGAGAGAGAGAGACAGCGUGAAUGUUUCUUAUAAUCAAUACACGUGAGCAUAUAUUUUUGUACAUAUUUAUUGCAAAUAUUUUAUACGGAUCUAGGGGGAUGAGGCAUAACGAAACAGCUCGGAAACAACUUUGUUUAUUGAGAUGAUUUUCGACAAGAAAGAAAAUUGCUUAAUAAGAAUUUCCUUCACCGACAUUUAUAAACUCAUUAUAAACUGUUGAUGAUAACAUGCAAUCGCGGAGUAAUUUUCCAAAUUUCCUAAAGGCUACAUUGCUUAAGAUUAAAUUUCUUCAUUAAUUCACGACCAUCUUUCCAUCCGUGAAACAACCAUUAUUUACGAUAUUAUGGAUAAAAAAGCACGCUGAGCCUUUAACAAUGUUGAUAUUUUAUAGAUAAGGUGAACUCGGUGAUUAAUGCUUAAUUUAUAGAUUUUAUUCGCAAGUUUUAAUAAAAUGCUUAUCGUUCUGUUACUGUCCCGUAGAAUGUUAGAUCGAAUAUUAUUCGAAUAUCUUAUUAAUACUCAACGUGGCAGUUUAUAUCCAUCUCAGAAUGAAACUAUAUUGCAUCCCUUGGACGAAAAGUUCAUUGUGGAAAAUUGCCAUGCAAAAUGCCUGUUUUGAAAAGAAAGAAUUAUUCUAGAAAUAUUGAAUCAAUUCACGUUUGCCUCAUCUUACAGUAAGAUGCUUUAAACGACAUAAAAAUAAUCAAUCGCAACAUGAUCAAGUUAAAUAUAACGUGUAUCUCGAUAAAUGUGAAAACGUUUAAACUGUUUCUACGAAACGAUUCACUUCUUGAGUCUCAUAGCUGACAAACUCAGCAUCUGUGAGGCCAUAUCGAUUAUACUUAGAUUACACUGAGACGCUAAUGUAAUGUACAAGAUAAGUAUCGGAAGUAAAAAUGUCGCCGAUUAUAAAAUGGCAUUGAAUUGAAAAAGAAUACUUACAUCCGUUAUAUGGAUCAUCGACACGCAAUCUGUUGUAUGAUUUUAUAAAUCGGACAAACUUAUGGCACUAUCUCAAAAAUAAUGAUAAUAUUUCUGCUCGAAAACCUCUUGAUUAACAAUACGACGGGAUACGACCAAUGUGCAUGUGGGGACAUUAGGUAGUAAAGCGGUAAUUCACACAACGGAGCCCGUCUCUUUAUAAAACAAGUAGCAUUCUAUAUAAUGUAUAA